CCUUGCACUUGCCAGGCAAGUGCUUAUUCUACUGAGUCAUCUCCCUGGCCCCAAGGGAGCAUCUUUGGGGUGUCCCCAGCCUAGUGUCCAACUGCAUCAGACUUCCCUCAUCCUGAGUUCUACUGUAGCCCCGAAACCCCUCAAGGCCCUAUCUGGACACACAAAACAAAGUGAAACCCCCAGGAUCAAGUUCACAUCUCAGCUCUGGGCUUCUGUUGGAGAUGCCCUUCUUCUCUUGCCAGUUUCCUUCAUUCACGAUGUGGAGUGGCCCUCCCUGGUGUAGGCGGGAACGGCUGUGGAACACUGUGACACUGCAUGGCACUGCCUUUCUCCUCUUGUAAGAGAGCAGGUGCCACUGACCCAAUGUGGCGUGGACUCUGCUGGGGGAAAAGUUGAGCCACAAGCCCUUGGCUCCCUGGCCUGGCCACAGGGCACUCAGGCUGCAGGAAGUGAAGGGAGCCCCUGCACUGGGCACGGAGCUUGGUGUACUGUCUUGUUGCUGCAGGCUCCUCUAGGUGGGACAGGAGGCUGGCUUUCUCACUAGUCUUUCCUGUCCCCUCUUGGCCCUGCCUUAGUGACAGAACCAGACUUGAGUAUCCGACUGUUCUCUCUCCUAGUGCUCAAGAUGCAUGCAGUGUGAAGCUAAGUUUGACUUCAUCACCAGAAAGCACCACUGCCGCCGCUGCGGGAAGUGCUUCUGUGACAGGUGCUGCAGCCAGAAGGUGCCCCUGCGGCGCAUGUGCUUCGUGGACCCUGUGCGGCAGUGCGCAGAGUGCGCUCUGGUGUCCCUGCGGGAGGCAGAGUUCUACGACAAGCAGCUCAAGGUGCUGCUGAGUGGAGCCACCUUCCUUGUAACUUUUGGAAACUCAGAGAAACCUGAGACCAUGGUUUGUCGUCUUUCCAACAACCAGAGAUGCUUGAUUCUGGAUGGGCACAGCCACUGUGAAAUCGAAAUCGCACACAUCUCCACAGUGCAGAUUCUCACCGAGGGAUUCGCCCCCGGAGAAAAAGACAUUCACACUUACACCAGCCUCCUGGGGAGCCAGCUCGCCUCUGCAGGAGGCAGCGCCCGGGCUGCAGGCAUGUGCUUGCAGUACACAGUGCCAGGGUCUGAAGGCCCGGCCCAGCUGAAGCUGAUGGCCAGGGAGGACGCGAACACCAGCAAGAGGCCGGCAGCAACGUGGUUGGUGGCUAUGCACAAGGCCACCAAGCUCCUCUAUGAAUCUCGGGACCAGUAAUUCCCACGUGUGCCAACUGCAGGGCGCGUCUAGUCACCUCGACCAUGCCCCAGCCGCUUGUCUCACUGAGCACUACAGGGCCAACCUGGCUUGUGCUGGAAACGCAACUCAAGUAUUUGGAGACACAGGUGUUCACUUACUACAAUGUGUACACAGUUUAUUAGUGCUUUAAACAGCUCCUCAUGUUGUAGAAUUUGUCUGUUAUCCUGUUGAUCUCAUGGAGGCAGGGAGGCUGAGCUACACUACUGCUAACCCAUUUUCAGCAUAACAGUACCACGUUUCUGAGGUCCCAGUGCCCCAGCGCUCUCCAUGCCCUCCCCACAGACUAAGCUGGGCAGCGCUCACUCGGGCCUGAGGAGGCUAAGCUGCACCUGGAUCCUUCGCUACCAGAAGGCUCCACCUGUUUUCGACUUUUCACUUACUAUCUCACUUUAUUAAGCAAUGAUAUAGCAAUCUGUAUAUAAAGCAUACAAUUAAAACCUAUUUUGAAAAUA